CAACAGACGCAUAUCUCGUGUCAGGUUGCGCGGCAAGGGCGUGAGUGAAUGAGUCUGAUGUGCGCUGAGCCACAUCUUCAGAAGCUGCAUCUCAAUCUCCACCAUCACAAUUACUCCAACAAGCAGGGCCUUGUAGUUAACUUUACACUCCCGCCACCUCUAUUUUCACCAGGCACAGAGGCAGCAAGCUCUGGUGGCACCGGAUCAAGGCGCCGCACGCCCCACUGCAAGCAGGCACCCACUUACUUAUUGGCUGUCAUCUCCUCGCACCAUGCUGCCGCGCUUCACAGCGCAAACCUCCCGUCUGGCGGCAUCCACAUCAUUGCAGGUGGCCCCAUCGCGCUUGACUUCCUAUUGUGCUUCUUUGCGGGCCCCGCACGCUGCCAGUCUGGCCACUCAUGGCUCUCAGCUUCACACUGCUGCCAGGAGGCGGCCUGAAGCUGCGGCAUCUCGCAACAGAGAGCCACUGACCUCUUCCAAGCCUUCUGAGCUCCCAUCUUGGGCGUGGUCAGCGCGAAGAGGUUAUGCUCGGCCAGCUGAUCAAGAACCGAAGAAGGACGAGCAGGUGGAGAAGAGAAGGGAGGAAGCAGCUGAUGUGCAAGCCAAGAAUGACAGCGAUGUCCCGGGCACAUCCAAAGCCGCUGAAACAAAAUCUCCCGAGCAGAAGAAGAAGGAGUUCGAAGAAGGCUUGGAGCGAGGUCUGAAGGAGGCCAAGAAGGCGAAGGAGAGCAAUAGGGACGAUGCGCCGACAGAUCCGUUGAGCCAGCUCAGCAAGUGGUUCCGUGACCAGGGUGAGAAGGCAGCGAAGGAACAAGAAAAGGCUGAGAAGGAGUCGAAGGAUGACAAGGACUCGGACAAGAGGAGUUCCGGCGGCUUCGAAGGAGGCAACAAAGGGGGACCUCAGAUUCACGAGGUGCGCAUCAAUGGCAACCAGAUCAUCCUCACAAUCGCCGCCACGUACAUCUUGUGGCAAAUCACUUCGCCUUCCACCUCUUCGCGCGAAAUCACGUGGCAAGAAUUUCGAACGGCCUUCCUUGAAAAGGGCCUUGUAGACCGUCUCGUCGUGUCCAACCGCAGCAAGGUCAAGGUAUUCUUGCACAGCAAUGCAUCCAACACGAUGCCCGGUCAGCCUUCCUCGUCUAACAGCAGCGCGCCGUACUGGUUCACUGUUGGAAGUGUCGAGGCUUUCGAGCGAAGACUCGACGAAGCGCAACAGAACCUGGGCAUUCCUCCGCAUGAGCGCAUCCCUGUGGCGUAUCGUGAGGAGAUCAGCUGGGGCCAAACGCUCAUCCACUUUGCUCCUACUUUGCUACUCGUCGGUCUUAUGAUCUACGCCACACGCCGAGCAGCUGGUGGUAUGGGGGGCGGCGGAGGCGGCGCGGGUGGACCAGGGGGCAUCUUCGGCAUUGGCAAGAGUCGAGCAAAGAUGUUCAAUCAAGAAACGGACAUCAAAACCAAGUUCAACCAGGUCGCUGGUAUGGACGAGGCCAAGGAAGAAAUCAUGGAGUUCGUCAACUUCCUCAAGAAGCCUGAGCGAUACGAGCGGCUCGGUGCCAAGAUUCCUAGGGGCGCCAUUCUUUCCGGACCUCCCGGUACUGGUAAGACGCUGCUGGCCAAGGCCACGGCUGGAGAGGCUGGUGUUCCAUUCCUGAGCGUCAGCGGUUCAGAAUUCGUUGAGAUGUUCGUUGGCGUCGGCCCUUCGCGCGUUCGAGACAUGUUCGCCAACGCCAAGAAGAACGCUCCGUGCAUCAUCUUUGUCGAUGAGAUCGACGCCAUCGGAAAAGCUCGGGGCAAGGGUGGUAGCAUGGGUGGCAAUGACGAGCGCGAAUCCACGCUGAACGAGCUGCUAGUUCAGAUGGAUGGAUUCUCCACGACCGAGCACGUUGUCGUCCUGGCCGGCACAAACAGACCAGAUGUGCUGGAUCCUGCCCUGAUGCGACCUGGCAGAUUCGACCGACACAUCGCCAUCGACAGGCCAGAUAUCGGAGGACGCUUGGAGAUCUUCAAGGUCCACUUGAAGCCUUUGAAGCUGGCAUCGAGCACCGAUGUCGACCUUCUGGCACAGAAGCUGUCUACUCUCACUCCAGGCUUCUCUGGAGCUGAUGUUGCUAAUGUUGCCAACGAAGCGGCACUCAUCGCAGCACGCAACGGCGCGGAUGCUGUGGAGGAGAAGCACUUUGACCUGGCCAUUGAGCGUGUAAUUGCCGGCUUGGAGCGCAAGACACGCGUACUGAGCCCCGAGGAGAAGAACAUCGUUGCGCACCACGAAGCUGGACACGCCAUUUGCGGUUGGUUCUUGGAGCAUGCUGACCCUCUAUUAAAGGUGUCCAUCAUUCCACGUGGUGUCGGCGCGCUCGGCUACGCUCAGUACUUGCCCAAGGAGAAGUACCUCUUCUCUACCGAAGCAUUGAUCGAUCGCAUCUGCAUGACAUUGGGUGGACGCGUGGCCGAGGAGGAGAUGUUUGGCAGCAUCACUACCGGUGCGCAGGACGAUCUGACCAAGGUCACCCGGAUCGCAUACGAGAUGGUCAGCAGCUACGGUAUGAGUCAGGACAUGGGAUUGGUGUCGUAUAAGCAAGAGCAAGAGUCGUUCAACAAGCCCCACUCUGAAGCUACCGGUCAAAGAAUCGAUGAUGAGGUGCGCCGCAUCAUCACGGAGGCUCACGAGCGGACAAGGAAGCUGAUUCACGAGAGGAGAAAAGAGCUAGAGACGGUCGCUCAGCGUCUGUUGAAGCAAGAAGUUCUGACGCGUCAGGAUAUGAGAGAGAUGCUUGGCAGGAGACCUUUCAAGACUAGCGAUGAGGCUGACGAUUACCUGGACAAGAGACUAGGCAGGGGCGAGUCUUCUGCUCCACCUCCGCCACCGGGUGAGCUCGGCACUCCUGGCGUCGCAGCCAAAGGCCCUCCUGAACCUUGAGCGUGCGCGCGCGCAGUUUUCACUCUCGGUCCUUGAUCAGUCAUCGCACCCUCUUUCUUUCUGAUUCCGUCGACUUCUACUUCAUCAUCACCCUUCUUCCCUCAUGUUAGUAGAGCGUCGCCAUAUACUUUGGUCUCACAUGCAUUAGGGACACUUGUAAUGCAACCGUGGAAUAUGCUCGAUCGCCCGUGAUACGAGUCGCACCGAAUCCGGGUUGAUGGCAAUGACGAGGCGAUGAGACCGUUGGCAACUAGCGGUGCUCUGAGUAGGAGAGCCGUCGGGCUGCAAGGCCAGUUUGACUAGCUGACGCAAAACGCUUCCCGGAGCUCGCAUCCGAGACCAUUGCGCUGAGACCUGUCACGCACUCAACGGGUAGAGUUUGAUGAUUCUGUCCCUCGAAACGUC